AUGGAUCAAAAUAAUGUGACGUCAGAUGACUUCAUCCUUCUAGGGCUCUUCCCUGGUUUCGAGUAUCCCCACCUCCUCAUCUUCAUCAUCCUCCUCAUCUACACCAUUGCUUUCACCGGAAACGCCCUCCUGAUCCUCCUCAUUUCGAUGGAUACCCGUCUCCACACCCCCAUGUACUUCCUGCUUAGCCAGCUCUCCCUCAUUGACCUUUCUUACAUCACCAGCACAGUCCCCAAGACAGUGACCAACUACUUCACAGGGAGAAAGAACAUUUCCUACUUUGCCUGUGCAACUCAGUUGUUUUUCUUUCUCACGCUUGGCCUUGCCGAGUGUAUUCUCUUGACUCUCAUGGCUUAUGAUCGCUAUGUGGCUGUCUGUAACCCCCUGAGAUACACAAUCCUCAUGAGCCCUAGGAUCUGUCUACAAAUGGCUGCUGCAGCCUGGAUAGGAGGAGCUCUUGCAGCCCUUGUCCAUACCAUUUACCCAAUGCAUUUCCCUAUCUGCGGCUCCAGGAAAAUUAAUCAUUAUUUUUGUGAGAUGCCUGCCAUCUUGAGACUCUCUUGUGUGGACACAUCAGCUUACGAGAUGGUGAAGUUUGUGUCGACUAUUGUGUUUCUUCUGAUUCCUUUUGUUCUCAUCCUGUUAUCCUACACCUUCAUUUUCUUCACUGUACUUAGGAUGAAAUCCCGCAAGGGGAGGAACAAAGCCCUGGCCACCUGCUCUUCUCACCUGACUGUGGUGAGUCUCUACUUUGGUCAGGCCAUCUUCAUCUACAUGAUGCCCAGCUCUUCACACACUCCCAAGCAAGACCAGAUAGGAGCUGUGCUUGGCACCAUAGUGAUCCCCAUGCUCAAUCCUCUCAUCUACAGCCUAAGGAACAAAGAAAUUAAGGUGCGCCUGAUACAAGCCCUGGUCUUUGCAAUCGCUUGUUAUGCA